AACUCCACUUAACCACGUUUCUUCCUCUUCUUGUUCUGUUCGACACCUAAUCCAAACUCUCUCUUUCGUUUCCACGAAAUAUUUUUGUUUGCUGCUCCUACUUGCAUUUUCUUUUCUCUGAAAUAAAAAAAACGAAAGCAUAGGGAAAAACCCAAGAGGAGGCGGAUCAUGACCAUGCUUGUUCACUUGAAGCUCAACUUCAUUGUGCUUUGCUUCUUCACCAUGUUCCUGCUUCUACCAUUCACUCAGUCUACGGAUGUCAAAUAUUGUGGUCAGACAGAUGAAUAUGCUGUGAAGGUCCAGGGAGUCGAGAUAUUGCCUGACCCAGUGGUGAGAGGCAAGCCAGCUACCUUUAACAUCUCGGCCUCAACAGGUCAAGCCAUCUCCAGUGGGAAAGUGGUGAUUGAGGUUUACUAUUUUGGGGUGCGCGUACAUACAGAAACUCAUGAUCUUUGUGAAGAGCUUUCCUGCCCAGUUUCGGCAGGAAACUUUGUGCUCUCUCACACCCAAACUUUACCUGGGAUCACUCCCCCUGGCUCUUACAAUCUCAAGAUGACAAUCAAGGAUGAUCACAACCAGAAGUUGUCUUGCAUCAGUUUCAAUUUUAAAAUUGUCUUUGGAUCUUUGGUCUCUGCUAGUUGAGCACCUGGUAUCUUAGUCAUAUAACAAUCAAAUGUCUAUUUCAAGUGCCUUGUGUGUAAGGAUUGGAAUGCUCCUUUGUUAGACAAAACCGUAAAUGAAUGUAUGUAUAAAAUAAAAAUGCAGCACUUGUCAUAAGAAGGUGGUGGAUGGAUGGCUAUUUGGUCCCAGAGAAUGAAAUGAAUAGAUUGUGUUGCCUAGGCAUC